AUGGAUUUUUUGAAGAUUUGUUGGAACUCAAAGUUAACAAGAGAAGAAUUCAAAGAAAAAUAUCAAAGUUUUGAAGAAGAGAAGCAAAUUGCAAUAUUAAAAGGCCUUGCUCAGCUAAGUAACUCACCAGAAAAUUCAAACAUGUAUUUUAUGCAAUACUUUUAUGCAGUUUUAGAACAAAAUCCAUUCAAAUCAUUCAUAAAUAUUGAUACUAACAAUAAAACAGAAAUCGACAGUUGUAACAGACUUUUACAACAAUAUGGCGAUCGCCUAUUCAAUUUUCUUCCAAUUGGAACAUAUGAAUCUGCGCACUCAUCUAUGUUAGCUUUAAAAAUUAUACUUUUAUGCCAAAAUUCAGAACUCAGAAAAAGCGCCUUAAUUCAAGUGAAUCAUUCUCAAAUUUUUCGAGUACUUAUUGCUUCGUCAAGAGUUUAUGAUGCAAAAGAAUUCAAUUAUGUACACGAAUUGUAUUACAAUCACCCAGAAAGCAAAGAAAUUCGAAAUAUUGUCGAAAUGCCUGAACUUACAUUGAAAAAACUUGAGUUAAAAGACAAGUUUAUUGACCUACAAGAGAUUGUUAACGUUGCCAUUCUCUCGUACAACCCAUGGCUCCUCAAAAAUGACUUAUUUGAUUAUUUUCAGCCGCAAUUAAAUUAUGAAUACUAUAUUUCGCUUAUCAAACGAUACAUUUCAGCUCCAAACUUAUUCAUUGCAUUUAUUUUAACAAACUUUUUUCUUUAUAUCGAAGAAAAUGGUAUUUUCAAUUAUUCUGGUCAAAAAUUCAAACCAGAGAUAUUGAAAAAGCAUUUAAAUAAUCUUUAUACGUAUUCAACAUCUCCUAUUCCAAUUCCAUUUGAUGAAUUAUUUCCAUAUUUGUCAACUUAUCCCGAAAAUUUGCCAGUUGAAAAACUUUACGAAGAAUCAAGACAACAUCCAGUUCUUUCAUCAUUUAUAUAUGAUAGAUUUAUGGAAACUUUCAAAUCUGGCGACAACCAGACAUCAAUUAUAUUAAUGAAGCAAAUAAUAGAGAAUCCAUUAGAGUUUAUGUACUAUUUUUAUGUUAUGGGAAAGAAUGAAGAAAUUAUUAAUUAUUUAUUAGAUGUUGCAGAAAACACAACCGAUGAAUCACUCUUUCAUCAUUCAUGGACAUCUGUUGUAUCAAUGAUGAGACUCAGUGUUUGUGAUGGUUCUCCAAUAGCCCUCAAAAAUAAUGAUCGGUUUUUUAAAGAAAGAAAAAGCCCAGCAAUGAUUAUUCUUCGUUGCAUGCUAGACGAAAAUUGGUCAGAAAGUGAAAUUACACCUGUUACAACUAUUGAAGAAUGUUUGAAUCAAGUUCUUCCUAUUAUGACAAGUGUAAAGUUUUUAUGUUAUUUGUUCACAGAAACAAAUAAGAAUCUGUUGAUAAGAGCUUUGGCACAUAUUGAAGAGUGCCAAAUUUUAUAUUUACCUGUCAUUAUCUGGGGAACGAAAACAAAAACACCUUUAGCAAGGCAGAUACCUACAAAAAACAUUCCUGAUACUUUAAUACAUAAAUACAUGCUGAAUCAGAUGCUACUAUUUUCAGCUCUUCCAGCACGAAUUACUGGAUGGAAUUUAGAUGUUCCUGAUUAUCUGACAGCAAUAAUGAUGCCAGAAACACACAAUACAAUGAAUUUGUUCCUAAUUGUUAGAGGUUUGGAGUUGAUCAACUCAAUUAACAUAACUGACACCACAGACAUCACCGACAUGUUUAAAAUAUGGCGUGCAUUGAUUCAUAUUCAUGGCGGAAAAAAGUUUGCCAGUUCUGUAAUUUCAGGUUUAAUGUGGUGUUCAAAAGUUAGCCAAGAAAAUGCUUUUGAUCCAAGUCUCUUCAUUGUUUGCGCAUACCAUUUCAUGAUAUUAUCAGAUCUAACUAAUGAUUUUAUGCCUCAAUCAUGUGAAGCUAUUUUAGAAUUCCUUGAAAGCGGGAAUGAUAUGAAUAAUGCUGAUGCUUUUGCCACAUUUUGUAUAUUAUGCAUUCUUGCAUGCGAUUAUGACAAUAUGGUGAAAUAUUUCACCAAAAUAUUCCAGAAAUCAAUACAAAUAUUAGAGAAUGGCAAAUAUCUGUUUACUGAAAUGACUGAUUAUGCUGUUAGAUUCAUUUGUGAUGCUAUGUAUUCAAAGUCUUUGAUUACUUUGGUUCCAGAUAAUGCUUAUGAGUAUUUGCAAAGAAUGAAUAACUGGAAUGGAAUAAUUUACUUUUACAUUGCAAAAGCUGAAUCUCUUACUCAAUCAAAUAAUUUAUAG